AUGGCCUCUCGGCCUGUCGCGCCCUCCCAACCUAAUGUUCCUGGCGCACUUCCACCUCAUGUGGACAGGCGCUGCUCAGGCUCCUUCCUUUCAGAGGAAGACAAGAGAAAAAUGUUACAAGCGGGAGGAGGCCAUGUCCACGCACCUGUAGAGUAUGCUUCUAUCAAAGAAUUUGCUGAAUCGGUUAACAAAUAUGGAGUUGAUGCUAAUUUUACAAUUAUGCAGCUUGAGAGAUUUGCCACUAUGGCAAUGACUCCAAAUGAUUGGCAAAAUACAGUAAAAGCUGCUCUCCCUAAUAUGGGACAGUAUAUGGAAUGGAAGGCUUUGUGGCAUGACACUUCUCAAGCACAGGCAAGGGCCAACGCUAAUGCGGAGGGCAACCAGAGACAGUGGACUUUCGAAUUAUUAACAGGGCAAGGACAGUAUGUUGCCGAACAGACUAACUAUGAUUGGGGAGCAUAUGGCCAGAUCUCCGCCGCUGCAAUUAAGGCAUGGAAGGCCCUCUCGAAGAAGGGCGAGGCUGGAGGAAAUUUAACAAAAAUAUUACAAGCCCCCCAGGAGUCCUUCUCAGAAUUUGUUGCUAGAAUGACAGAAACAGCAGGCAGGAUUUUUGGAGACCCAGAGCAAGUCAAGCCAUUGAUCGAGCAAUUAGUAUAUGAAAAUGCCUCACCAGAAUGUAAGGCAGUUAUUACCCCUAGGAGAAACAAAGGGCUGACAGAUUGGAUAAAGGUUUGCCGAGGAGAUUCCCGUGCCUGGGGGAAGCCUAAAAUUCUUAAAACGGACAAUGGGCCAGCAUACACUUCUCAAAAGUUUAGACAAUUUUGUCGCCAAAUGGAGGUAACCCAUCUGACAGGUCUCCCUUAUAACCCUCAAGGACAAGGCAUCAUAGAACGGGCUCAUCGCACUCUUAAGUCUUAUCUAAUAAAACAAAAAGGAGGAGUCGAGGAAGCUCUACCCUCAGUGCCACGAGUCACUGUUUCUAUAGCACUUUUUACCCUCAAUAUUUUAAAUCUGGACAGUCAGGGCCAUUCGGCUGCUGAC